AAAUUAUUAAUAUAAAUUAUCGCAUUUAAACAUGGAAAUCACGUUGGCGGUAAUCAAACCACACGUGCUGAGGAAUACUUAUGCAUUCCAACAAGUAAAACAGCUCAUCAAACAGAACUUUAACGUGCUUCAGGCCAAGGAGGUGCGUAUUACGAAAGAGCUGUCGGAACAAUUUUAUGCGGAGCACCAAGGCAAGUUCUUUUACCAUCGGCUGACCAGUUUUAUGAACAGCGGACCCUGCUACGCGCUCAUCUUGCAAUCGGAGGCCUGCAUACAAAAGUGGCGUUCCCUGAUGGGCCCCACAAAAGUAUUCCGGGCGGUCUACAGUGAGCCUCAAUGCAUACGUGCGCUCUAUGGACUAUCGGAUACUCGAAAUGCUUGUCAUGGAUCGGACAGCGAGGCAUCGGCACUACGCGAGAUUGCCAUCCUGUUUCCUGAAUUUCAAGUUAAAAGCACCGCCAAAACCCAAGUGAAGCAAUAAUAGGCUUUAUAUGGCAGACAAAAUUUUAUGUAUUUGUCCCGAAUCUUGUGAUAUUUAAAUUAAGUACAACUAUCAGUAAUGCCAGA